AUGGCCUCGCCUCUCGAUAGUUCAAUUGCAGUUUACACUGAAUUUAGUACAGAUUCGUGGGUACCAUGGCGACGUAACGACUGUAUUGCACUGGCACCGGUGGCAGUGGAGUUGUCGAUUGAGCCGAACUGUCUUCGUAAGUACACCCGACGGGGUUACACCCACAUCGAAAAUGAAAUGCUACGAGAUUGUCCCCGUUGCUUGUUGCCGACUGACGUGAUGUCGGCUUGCUGGUGUGCGUGUACAAUCACGUGUGCCGCCGGGGCGUCGCGUAACCGCAAGAUGGUCUAUUUGGGGCUUAUUUUUCCCACCCUCUUUGUCCUCACUUCGAGGCUCCUCGACGGCUGCUGCUUCGGGCUGAUCAUCGCGGCCUGCUUCUCUGUGUUCAUCGCUCGAGCACUUCGAGAAGCAUCAAUUUCUCCCAAUUUAUUACAGCCCCAUCAUUUACAGCAGCCGCCUGACAUUUGCAGCCCAUUUGAUGCCCUUUUUCUGCCUCCUCUUCCUAGUCCCCUUUUAAUGCCUGGUCCACGGGCAUUCUCUUUUUUUCUGGCUCUCGCGCCCUAUCGAUCCACCCAGUCAUCCCCUAUUGACCCUGCCGGUCGGCGGUGCGCACGACAGGCCGCAGGCACCUUGCAGCGAGAGUUGCAUUUAUCUGGCGCGCCCGAGCCUCCGAUCCUGCAGAAACGUGACAUACGUGCCAGUGUGCCGAGUGUCUGUUGGCUUGUAUGCCAGCCUGCCCGCCGUAGGCCAGCCUGCCUAUCUGGCUGCUGUUGUGACUGCCGCCGGCAGAAUUUGCCACCGCCUGUCUCGGCUGAUUGGGCACAAAUCGAUUUCUCCCGCCGUUUGUCUGGCCUUCCGGUUCAAGUUAAGACCGCCUGCUGGCUCGGCCGUUCAACUGGGCCUAUGAGCCCAUCAUCUCGGUCCAGUUCGGUGGGACUUGAUUUAGAGCACCUCUCAUCCGAUCGGUCAAGCGCCAGACAUAAUUUUUUCAGCUGCCGCAUCGAGCCACAGAGAGGCUGGAAAUAUCCCGUCAUCCGUCUUGCUGUGCGGAUUGAUGAAUGCAUAAGAUGCACAAUCAAUUCAAGGAUAGGACCAUGCGUCAGCAUCUCACGUAGGCCUGCUGGUGCAGACGCAAUGGGUGGGAUCGGGGCUCGCUCUCAAUAA